GGCUUCCUUCACCGCCGUGUAGCCGCACAGCACCACGACCCGCUGCGAGCCCAGAUGCAGGGUGAACACGGGGCCGUACGUGUCUCAGACCUGAAACAGACAGCGAGAAAGUCCGGGGUGGGGGAGCUGCCAUGGGGCCCCCAGCAGCUGCUCUCCAAAACCGGCACUUGGCGUGCUGGGUGGGGGUGUGAGUCGCGCGCUUCUGCGGCUAGACCUGGACUCUGUGAUGUUGGGCAAGUCACAUCCAGUACAUGGGCCUCCAUUUCCCCCUCUGUAACACAGGGCGAAUAAUCCGGAUUGCCUGGGGAGCUGGGCGCACUCUGGAUUUUAACACGGCUCAGUGUAAACGUACACAUGUAGGAACCAAGGUCAUCGGCCAUGCGGACCGGCUGGGGGGUUCUCUCCUGGGGAUCAGGGACUCGGGCAAAGAUCUGGGCGGAAAACCAGCAGAACGUGAGCUCCCAGCGCGACGCUGGGGCCAAAAGGGCUCAUGCGAUCCUGGGACACGUCCACGGGGGAUUCACCAGUGGGAGCAGAGAGGUGAUUUCCCCCGGUAUGACCGCAGCCGGGAUCCUGUGUCCGAUUCUGGUGCCCACAAUUCAAGAAAGACGCUCAUCAGUUGGAGGGUCUCAGAGAAGAGCUGCGAGAAUGAGCAACGGACUGGAAACCCUAGCAAAGAGCAGGAGAGCCCGGUCCAUCGGUACCAACACGGGGCGCAGAUAUUUAACAACGAGCGAGCCGAGGAGGGGCUGACACAACCCGCCAGUGGGCGCAGUGUGUUCUCCAGGCCUGGCGGCCUUACAUCGAGCCUGGCAGCUGUUGUAAAAGAUCUGCCCUGGGAAUUCUGCGGGGGCAGAUCUCUGCCCUGUGCCAUCGGGGGCCGGACGAGACGGGGUCCCUUGGAAUCUACGACCCCUUCCUCUGGCUGUGAGCUCCCGGCGGCAGGGCCCGCCUCUCCCUGGGGGUGGAGUCCUGGCACUGCCAGAGGCAAAGCGAACCUCCAGCCAUUACCGGGCCCAAGCAGUCCCCUGUGUGUCCGCACCAGCCGCGAACCAGUGCCCGGACCGUGCCGUUUACUGGAGGGGUUCGCUCCGUCUCGUGCUGCGUUUGCCACACUCGCCCAUUCUGCACCUUCAUUCCCGGAUGGAAACGCCUCGGCUCCUUUCCUCCGGGAGCCCGGUGGGGAGAAUUGGACGGGUCGCACGGAGAGCUGCCAGAUCCUCGCACGGAUUGUCACCACUAUUGGGUGUAUUACGCAGGCCGCGCGCAGGAUCGGGGGAUAGGCCACGGCCGGCUGGAAGUCACUGUUCCAUCCUUACACGUGUGUCCUUAGUGCACGUGAAGUUCUGAGAUUGUGAGGCGGACUGGCUCUCCCCAGCCCCGGGCGGCGAGGUACCCUGCCUGCAGCGGGCUCCAGUGCUCUGCAGACCUCGCUCAGGGAAGGGGGUGGGGUGGUCAGUUUGACAGCUGGGGAAACUGAGGAAGAGAGGGGCAAAGUGACUUGGAAUGAUCACUAAACCCCACCACCCUGCCAGAGCCAGGAGAGGAACCCAGGAGUUCUGACUCUCAGCCCUAACCACUAGACC